GCCUAUACCAGUAUUUGGUUUUCAAUACUACGUGAUUUUGGUGGUAUAAUUGUGUUGCAUAUCCUCAACGACUUGAUUGAAUUAUUAAUUUUGGCCAUUGAUAACGCGAUAGACAAUAAAUAAUGGAUUAUUUGAAAAAUAUGAAACCAAACAUGAAAAUGCCGAAACUUCAAAAAAUAAAGGAAAGUGGAAAUGCAUUCAUCAAUCGACUUUCACUGAAUAUUUUCGGAAUGUCACAAAAACGAAAUAACCAACCGGGCCGAGUAACCAUCCAAUCACAGCACAUUUCGACGAUAUCAUCGUUAGUGGAUAAAACAAAAUCGGGUACAUUUACGUAUGACACAAAGAAGGAGAAUUAUGGCCUGUACGCAUUGAAAUGUAAUCGGAACGCAAUCAAGCAAGGUCUUCUGAUGAAUGUUAAUUCAGAAACGAAUUUCCAUCCAGCUUCAAGAGCAGCGAACGCAGCAUCUUCUACGGAUGUGCAUGAAGUUUUUUCGCCAUGCGAUAACAACAAAGAUGUGGAAAAUAAUUUCAAUUCAAUAGAGCAGUACCAUGAGUACUAUAAAAUUGAAUUUAGUGAAGAGCGAUGCUUGGAAACCUCUGUUAUUGAUCGUAAUGCGAAUAUUUCCAAUAACAACACAAGACGAAUUGAAUGUAAUAGCAAUUCCAGUAGCAAACGAGUGCCACCACCGAGACCGAAAAAAAAGCUUUUAUCGCUUACGACUUCAACGGUCAAUGAUAAUAACAGAAAGUGUUCCACUUCCACAAAGCCAAUACUCAACAACGAAAGAUUGUUGAAAAAUUGCCAAAAAAAUCAUUUAUCAAGUGCGUGUUCGAUUGAACCAGAAUUAAGUAGCGACAACCACAGCCGGAAAUUAUCGUAUGGUGAAAAUGAAUUAUCCACAAGAAAUGCCGAUUCUUCGGAGAAAAACGACAGCGCAUUGUACCGAAUUGUUCAGGCUGAAAGUAUUCUCAACAAUUCCGAUAGAAAUCAUGGUUUAUGUCAUGCGGGUCAAAUCAAUUCGAAAAUGAUUGCAAUUGAUCAAUACAGUUCAAUAGACAGCGGUAAAAGUUAUUUGGUUUGAUUGAAAGUGGUGUGUGUCAGUGUGUACGGUGUGGGUGCACGGAUGUGGGUUUGUGGAGAGAAAACAACCGAAGCGUAAUUUUGGAUGUCGGAGAAAGCCAGAAAAAUACAAUUGAGAUCUGCAUUGUUAAUGACGUGGUGUACAAAUAUACAAAAAGCUGCAAUCGAUUUUCAACAAAGAGGAAACUUUUUUUGCAGGCUUUUCAUUUGGUAUAUGAAAAUUAUGUUUUCAAACAAUUUCUAUU